AUGAAUUCCACUGGUCUUAUUUGGGAAGAACCUUGGAUCCCUUAUGUCGUGUCUUUCAAACCUUCUCCCAUCAUUGCUGAUUCUCCUCCCUAUCCCUCUUACAGGCUAGUUAGGAACCUCUUCCUUGAUGGCUCAAACUUAUGGAACGUACGCCUCUUAUAUGAGAUGUUUCCACACUCGGUGGUUCAGGAGAUUAGGAAGAUUCAUUUCUCCCAUAUCCCUCAACCAAAGAAACUCUUCAGUUGCCCCUCCAAGUCAGGGAAUUUCACCUCAAGAAGUGCCUAUCUCACGGACAUUGCCUCUCGUUGCUCUCAUGCUGCUCAAAAUUCCACUUUCUCUUGGAACUACAUUUGGAAUGCAAAAAUUCACAAUAGGCAUAAACUACUUCUUUGGCGAAUAAUCAUUGAUCUGCUGCCGACCAAGGCUAAGUUAAAUUCUUUCUUUCCUCUUAAUGAUUUACUUUGCCCCAUUUGUGGCCUGGAAAAUGAAUCUGCAAACCAUCUCUUCAUUAGAUGUCCUUUCCUUUUGCAAAUAUGGUUCACUUCUAAAUGGAAUCUUUGUUUGAAUCCUUUUAUUAAUGAACCCAUUAAGGACUGCAUUGCAUUGGUUUUAAAGGAAAAUGGGAACCUUCUCCCUUCUGAAAUAUUAAGAGAAGAGUUUGUUGUUUAUGUUGCCAUUAUUUGUGAUAUUAUGUGGAAGAAUCGAAAUCUCAUCACUCACGGAUCUUCACCUCCUUCUUUGCAGGAUUCUUUGAGGAUACUCUCCAGCUCCGCCUCCACCCAUUGGAACAGCGAACUUGCCAAAUCCACCACCUCAGGCAAAAUAGUAGUGCACUCAUGGACAAAACCUCCCAAGAAUUGGCUCAAAGUCAAUUCGGAUUGCAGUUUCUCCAACGGGCAAGCCUCAUGUGUUUUCAUCAUUCGAAAUUGCAAUGGAUCAAUUCUUCUUGCUCAUUCUAGCAUUCAUCUCUGCCAUGAUCCACUCACUGUUGAAUCUAUUGCUGUUAGAGAAGCUUGUAAUUUCAUCGCAAAUGCAAAGCUCAAAAAUGUAAUGUUUGAGUUGGACUUACUCAAUGCUAUCCUCUUCAUUAAGGAUCACUCUUCAGCUAUUCACUGGACCGCCAGCCAUCUUAUUCAUGAAACCCAAAAAUUCUGGGGACUUAGGUCUAAAUUGAAAUUCAGAUUUUGCUCCCGAAAUGCGAAUUAUGCGGCCCAUAAUCUAGCUAAAUGGUCUUUCUCUUCUGUUUUUUGUGGUUUUAUUCCUGUUAAUUGUUUACCUUUACCUUGUUUUGGUGAUAGGGGUUCUCCCAUUGGGGACAAAUUUAAUUCGUAUUGUUAA